CACGGAUUUGUCAGUCAGUCCAAGAUGGCGGACCUCUUGGGUUCAAUUUUGAGCUCGAUGGAGAAACCUCCUAGCGUCGGAGAUAAGGAGAGUCGACGAAAAGCCCGAGAGCAAGCUGCACGCUUGAAAAAGAUGCAGGAGGAUGAAAAAAAGAAAAAAGCAGACUUCAGGAAGAAGAUGGAAAAAGAUGUUUCAGACUUCAUCCAAGAUAGUGACUCCAAAAGGAAGAAGUACCAGCCCAUGAACAAGAUUGAGAGGAGCAUUCUUCAUGAUGUUGCAGAGGUGGCUGGGCUGACGUCUUUUUCAUUUGGAGAUGAUGAAGAGAGCCGGUAUGUCAUGAUCUUCAAAAAGGCAAGUCUCUUUUCCUCCUCUUUUUUUUUUUUUCUAGCAUAAAACAAGCAAUUGUUA